UUUUGGGAAGUUGUGGCAGAUUCCGACAAGAACCUUAACUUGAGUCACCAUGGAGCUUCAUCAAAAGACAAAGAGAACACUGCUCCAACUCCAAGGACAAGUUCCCUUCGGAAAGCAGUCAAGUCCGGUAAACAGGGCAGCACCCAGAUUCCUAAAUUCCAUUUUCCGGAUGGCAAGCCCCAAACUCCUCAAGACAUCGAGAUACACCUCAAGAAAGUGGCUGCCGUCUUUGCCGGCCUCAAUGAGGGCAAAGCAUCUCGAGAAGAAUUCAGCAUCAUCACAAAGGCAUGCGGUCUACCUCUGUAUUGGAAACUUCCUCUCUUCCUGGCUGCUAGAGGAGACAAGAAGUCAGCAGUCAGUUGCGAUGCAUUCCUCGAGUACUGGAGAAGGGUUGUUAAUACAUGCCAUGAUGAAGCCUCUAAGUUUGUUUACAUUCUUUCAAAAGGUAAACGAAGCUACCUCCUCAAUGAUGAUUUCUUUCCAAUGAUGCAAGAUGUAAUUGAUUCGCAUCCUGGGUUAACAUUUUUAAAAGAAGCCACUGAAUUCCAUUCUAGAUAUAUACACACGGUAAUUGCAAGGAUUUACUAUUGCGUCAACAGAUCUUGGAGUGGUAAGCUUACUGCUCCAGAAUUACGAAGAAGCAAUUUCUUACAGGUACUGGCCACACUUGAAGAUGAAGAAGAUAUAAAUCAAAUAACAGAUUAUUUUUCAUACGAACAUUUCUAUGUGAUAUACUGCAAGUUUUGGGAGUUGGAUAAAGAUCACGACUUAUUUAUUGAUCAAAAUGAUCUGAAAGUACACAGUGGAGGAGCUUUAUCCACACGAGUUAUACAAAGGAUAUUUUCUGGAGCUGUAACAAGGGGGCCGAAACAAAAAGAAGGCAAGAUGAGUUAUACUGAAUUCGUAUGGUUUCUUAUUUCAGAAGAAGAUAAAAGGCAUCCCAGAAGCAUUGAGUAUUGGUUCCGAUGCAUGGAUUUAGAUGGAGAUGGUUUGUUAUCAAUGUAUGAAUUGGAAUAUUUCUACGCUGAACAAUUGCAAAGGCUUGAAGCUUUAGGAAUCGAAACACUUCCCUUCAAUGACUGUUUAUGCCAGAUGCUGGAUAUUAUAAAACCUAAAGUUCCGGGAAAAGUCUCCCUCGCCGAUUUGAAAAAAUGCAAAAUGACUCCCAUAUUUUUUGACACUUUCUUCAAUCUUGAGAAAUACUUAGAUCAUGAACAAAGAGAUCCCUUUGCCUCACAAAGAGAGCAUGAUGGUGAAGGACCAGAACUUAGUGAUUGGGAUAGAUAUGCAGCUGAAGAAUAUGAAUUACUCGUUGCUGAAGAGGGUGCUGCUGAUCAGCAGGAUGAAUUGUACGUUAUCGACUUUGUCUAACUCAUCGCAUUAAGCACGAUAAUGUACGAUGAUUAUGAUGAGGAAGUUGUUGCAAACAUGGAGAAAAUGGCUCGCGCUAAAAGAGCCGCAAAGCCUGUUGUAACAGAAGCAGAAGAUGAUGAUUAUGAUUAUGCAGAUUCUGAUGAUUAUCAUUAUUAAAUCAAGAAUACUUUUUUCUUAAUUUCACAAUCAUUAAAUUAUUGCUUUUUGUCUUCAUUAAGUAAAGUAAUUCACAUUGAAUGAAAUUACAUUUGAUUUUUUAAGCUGCAUGUCCUACUAACAUUUCAUCCAUAAAAAAAAAUUUAAAAAUAGAAAAAAAAUAAUGAUUAAUUCAUAUUUUUUUAGGUAUUUUUCGUAAUAAAUAUAAUUAUGAUAAAAAAAAAAUCUCUUAAAUCAUUCUGUUUUCGUUAAGAGUAUAACAAAUUAAUUCAUAAAUCAAUAACAUAUUUAUUCCAUGGCAUUAGAAAUCUGGAUUAUUAUAUUUUAUUAUUAUAUCCUAAUUAUUUAAUAAUUAUUUGUUCUUUUUUUAUCUCAUCUAAAUUUUAAAUUUUCAAAUAAAUGAUAAGUAUAAUAAAUUUACAUUAUUUUCAAUAAAAAAUAUUAGAAACACCCAUACAUUGAAAAAUCGAUGUUCCUUUAAUAACGUUUCAGAAUAAUCAAACAUUUUAAGAUUUUUUUUUUUCAUUAAAACUAAAUUAAAAAAUAUCGAACAUCUUAUUCAUUUUAUAAGUUAAUUUAAUUUAGCAUUACAAUAAAUUUAAUUUAAUGCAUUAUGAGAAUUUUUUAUUAACUAAGUUUGAAGCAUUUUAGCUAAAAAACUACACUAUAAAAAACAACAUAAAAAUUUCCUUUUGUAGUAGACAAAUUUUAUCUAUAAUUAUAAUUAUGGCUAAAAUUAUUAUCAUGGCAGUUUGUAUUUCAGAUUUAAAAAAUUUUUUUAAGAAAAGUGGAAAGUUUUGAAACAAUACACCAUCAAAAACAUGAACUUAUUUAUCGUUGUCAUAAUUUUGUAUUAUUUUUAGCUUAAUUAUAAUUAUGGCUGUAUGUGAACUUUAUAUUUGAAGUAAAUAAUGACAUCCAGUCUAGUCAGAACAAAUGUUUUUUGUAUAUUUCCUUAUUGUUUCUCACAUUGUCAUUAUUUGCUUAUCAUGACAUAUAUUGCCAUGCCACUUGUUUCAUGACAAUAAACCAUAAUGCCACUGAAAUACGAUGUCAACAAUAAAAUUAAGGGACUAGAAGAGAAAUUUUCAAGGUUUCUUUUUUAUUGUUAUUUCAGGUAUAUUCAUAAACAUGAUGUAGAAAAUGCAAGUUUUUUUUUUUUUUUCCAUUAUCUCGUACCACUAAUUUUUUUUUCUUUUUUUUUGUAUAUUUUGUCCUUUUAGCAAUUUACAAUUAAAAGAAAAAGAGUUAAUAAAACUAAAUUUAAACAGAAAUACUAACUUAAUGCUUUUGAUGUAUUUGAAAGCAUUUUUCACUUAAAUAACCAAACGAAAUUCCAGCAGAAAAUUUAACUAAAUUUUUGAAGAUAUUUUUAAAUUUUUAAUACACAUAUUUCCUUUAUUUUUACUGAAAAAUAUGAAAAUAAUGUAUCUACAAUUUAAAUAUGUUGUCGAUUUCUAGAGUCAUACGAAAUUCAAGGUCACAAAUAAUCUAUAUAUAUNCAAAUAAUAUAUAUAUAUAUAUAUAUAUAUAUAUAUACACCAAUUACCCUUGUAAUCGGGAUGUUAUGUAAUUACCACCCUUGAACUAUAUUUUUAUAAUGUUUGUUCAUAAUGAAGUUAAACAAAGUUCAUAGAUGAAAGUGACUCGUUAAACGCCUCUUGUACAUAAGGUGUUGUGUAAUCACCGUCCUUAAAAUGCAUUUUUAGAAUCUUUAUCAAGAAUGAAAAAAAGCAAAAUUCGAAAUCACAAACUACUCUUGAAACACCUCUUGGUUCUCAGAAUGCCACGUAACUACAGCUCUUGAAAAUAAAACUGUUGGCCGAAAUCAAGCAAAGUUCGAGAUUACAAGAUAUAUAUAUAUACUCUUGGAAUGCCUCUUUUAAUCAUAGUGUUACGUAAAGUAUAUAUACUUAGAAUCCUUGUCAAUAGUAAAGUCGGAAUUAAUAUUUAAACUGUGAAUCAUAGGUAAGCAAUGUAUUAUUAACAAUUUCAAUACUUGUUUGAUUGUCUGAGGAAAUUGAGAAAAGAUUAAAGGAGAUUACGAAAAAUACCUUUGAGUUUCUUUUGACAUUUAAACACGUUUUGAUAUUUUGUAACCCGCCUUACUUAAUAGUUAUUUUCAAAAUUUUGAAUUUUUUUUUCUUAUUUCCUUUGUUUAAUAACUUGGGACCACUAAUGUGCACAUUUGUUAACAAAGUACUUGGUAAAGGUUUUUAAAGAACUGUGUUGAGGAUGGUGAUUACGGAGAACCAAAGAUGAGACUUCGAUUUCUUCAUUUAAAAUACUGAUGACUAAGAUUUAUAUCGAAUUUAGAAGCAUUAAAUUAUUAAUGAUAAUAAAAAUUUGUUUAUUAAGCAUAAAAUUGUUUUUAAUUUCAAACUAGAGAUAAAACAUUCUUUUUUAAUGCUUGGUUUUUGAAUUCUAUAAUUCGCAAAGUUUUUACAUAAAAAAAAAAAAAUUCUUUCACCACCUCUCAUUGUAUUCUACUUAAUUUUUUAAUUUCGUGUUGUUUUUAUUUUCUGUUUUGUUUCUUCUGAUGUAUAGCUGUUUGCAUUUCGCUAUUUCGCCAUUUUCUUAACUUGUAGGAGCAUUUUCUAGUGUUGCAUUUCAUCUAAUGAAGCGUUUUGAAGCAAAUGCUUUGAGCAUUUUGUGGACAAAUCUAAAUGAAGUAUUGCCGAAUUGUGCGCAUUUUUAGUGCAUAUCUUUUCUUAAAAAAAAUUCUUUAAUCGCUGAGUUUUGUUGUGUGUUAUUGUUAUUUAUAUGGAUCAUAGAAAAAUUUUAUUUGUUUUGAAUGAAAAAUCACAUUUUCGUAUUCUGUGCAUAGUUUGUGUUGAUAUCAUUGUAAAAUAUUAUGAGAAGAAGUAACAUUUGUAAAUAUUGAAAUUUAUUAAAUAUACUAGUAAAAUUAA